CUCUGGUGUGUGUGAAUCAGUAGCAUGGUAAUAUGGUAUACGAUUCCCAUCGCAUCAGCUACUGAUGCAGCGUUGAAGACAACUUGAAAGGGAACCUCUUGGUUACGACUAAUCUUGGUUCCCUGAAAGGAGGGAAUGAGACACUGCUUGCCGCACUACUGAUUUUUUGCUUUAAAGGGACUGAGAGAUGGCUCAUCCCUUCAGUCAAAAUAUCUUGAUGAAAUGGCACUGUUCUCUGGUUUAUAUGCUCGCUAUGACAAAUGCAUACGGGGCGGAGUGCCAAGUGUCAUCUGAAAAUGAGCCACUGGUGCAGCAUCUCAUUUCCUCCUUUCAGUGAACCGAGGUUACAGUCAAAACCAAGAUGUUAUUCACCGCCACACAAACCCCAUCUACUGAAUUUCCUACCUGUAGUCUUAACACCCUGUUUUUGUGUCACAUUUUUUAUGCUUUUGUCAGAGAGUUUUGUUCAAAGUAACUUACAGUGCAUUUUAUGUUUUCACUGGGAAUUGAACUCAUGACCUUAGUGGUGUUAGCACAAUGCUCUAGCAGCUGAGAUACAGGAACACCACAGUAGACCUCCAAACAAAUGACUUAGAAAGUUUAGUGGCUGGUGUGGCUUAAUUGUUAAAGAUAUCACCUUAAGGUUGUAGGUUCAAACCCCAGAAGGGAUAUUUUAUGAGCUACAAAUAUUGUGCCUGAGCUAGGCACCUUAGAAUAAAAUCAUGUUGACAAUCUCUAGUCUGGAUUGGUGUUAAUUUUACUGCAUAUUUUUGGAAAAACGCUGGUAUAAAGAAUGCAUUAUGAACUCCAAUGGACUGAUUUGUGAAAUAAGGACUAAAUAUAGUGUAAUUGCAUGCAAUGUAUAACUCCAGAUGUGCUAUGCAGAGCCUAAGUUUUCAGGUUCGCAACCCCCAUCGGUUUAAUAGACACCAUGUGGUUUGAGUUAACUACAAUGAGAAAGAGGUGGGCUUCAGCAUCAGGUUUUUGUCAUUUCAUAAAUAUGAGGCAGUCACAGCUGCUAAAUGAAGAGAGUUUGUGAAAAAGUGCUCAAGACUAGUGUUUAGGUCAGUUAGAAGGGAAUGAUUUUGAAUGCAAUUGUUUGAGUUGACAGAUUUUCCCGUGAACAAAUCGCUCUCAUCUGCACAAACUGGCAUAAAUAUCUUUUAAGUCUUUUGAAAAAGAUCACGCUAAAUCAAUGCAACAGUUACUGGUGGAGAAAGACAUGACUGCAGACAGCAGAAACCGAUUGAACAACAGUGAAUGCAAAGAUUACAGACGAAAUAAACUGCUGGUCGGGCUGGACCUUUUCUGCCUAUUUCUCGCUGCCCUGCCAUUUCUUAUCAUCGAGUGUGGUUCUGUUAAGCCCUACAGACGAGGUUUCUACUGCUCUGAUGAGUCCAUCAAAUAUCCUGCCAAACACAGAGACACUAUCAGUGAUGGAGUACUCUCAGCAGUCGGCAUUCUCAUCGUCAUUCUGUCUAUCACAAUAGGUGAGAGCUACAGAAUUCGCUACCUUCAUAAAAGCUCCAACGCUUUUGUCGGGAACCCUUACAUCUCUGUUCUCUACAAGCAAGUGGGUGUGUUUAUCUUUGGCUGUGCCGUCAGUCAGUCCUUCACCGAUAUUGCCAAAGUGUCAGUGGGCCGCUUACGACCUCACUUCCUGGAUGUGUGCCGGCCGGAUUUGGCCUCAGUCAACUGUUCCAUGGGUUACAUUACUGAAUACAGGUGCACUGGAGAUGAUGGCAAAGUGCAAGAAGCCAGGAAGUCCUUCUUCUCUGGCCAUGCCUCCUUCUCGAUGUACACAAUGCUGUAUUUGGCUUUGUACCUGCAGUCACGGAUGUCCUGGCGAGGGGCUCGUGUUCUCCGACCUCUUGUCCAGUUCACUCUGCUCAUGAUGACAUUUUACACUGGCCUAUCACGCGUCUCAGAUCACAAGCAUCACCCCACUGAUAUACUCGCAGGCUUCGCUCAGGGAGCUCUGGUGGCGAACUCCACUGUGUUUUACGUGUCAGACCUCUUUUGGUCAAAAGGCAGGAGCUCUUCUCUGCCAUCAACCCAAAGAAAGAAAGACCAUCUAUCCUCUGUGGACAUCAGGGAACGGACCAACCAUCUCACUAUAGCUUGAUAUAAGUGAUAGCAGCAGCUUUCAGCCAGUGGACGCGCUGAGACUGAAUGGGUUUACCCACAGGAAAACUUGACACCACUAUAUAAUCAACAUACCGUGCAAAGUCAUCUGUUCAAAUCUGAAGCAACUUAUAUUUGUUCUCACAACAAAACAACUGACGCAAGGUGGAAAACACUUGAAUCUAAUUUUCAUUCACAGGAAAUAAACAUCAUCAAAAGGAUAUGGGUGAGAACAUGGCACCUCAGAUUUUUUGUUUUGUGUUAUACGCCUGUUUAAAUUUCCUUGCAUAAAACAAAACAUUCCUAUUGUUCAGUAAGGAUGCUUAGUUGAAUUAUUAAACGAUAGAUUGUAUAGCAUAAUUUGAGAAUACAGCACAAUAUUCAAAGAAUAUUUCAAAUGCUAACCCUAACUGUGCAAGUACCCCUAUCCUUUAUAAAAAUGAAUUGUCCAUUUACUCUGGCUAUGUGCGUAAUGGAAUACAAGCUUACUACUUAGGCCAACUGAACACUGUACUAUGUUUUUUUUUUUUUUUUGAUGGUACUGUAAGUGAAACAGCUCUUAUACCAAUGUAAACAUUUAAAACUGUAUAACUUGUCACAUGACUUCAUUACAUUGCAUAUGCAUGCCAUCCAGUUUUCAUCUUAAAAAUCAUGUAUAAUUGUAUUCUUAAUUACAUUUGUGACAAUUUUGUAACAUUUGGCAGUCCAAACAAAUGAGUCAAGAAGAGAUUACGUCUGAUAUUAUUUUGUUCAUUAAACACACUGAAAAUGGAAGGUCAAGUCAAGCAUUUUGCAUUGUGAGAGACAUUAUUUCAUACAAUGUGCCCUAUUGAUUACUGCACAUUUUGACAAAAAUAGUAUGUAAUGUGGGUUUCCUUUGCAUACAGAAAAUCUG